AUGUACUUUCCGAUUUCCUAGCACGGUUAUAAAGAUCCAGUUCACAUCUUUAUACCAUAAAGAGGAAGCAAAAGAGGAAGCAUCAUCACCUCCCCUUCGGCCACUUUACCCUCAAAUAUCGCCUCUGAAGAUCCACAUCCCGGAGCCGGAUCUCCGGAGUGUGGUCAGUCCCCUCCCAUCCCCCACAGGCACUAUCAGUGUUCCCAACUCCUGCCCGGCCAGUCCUCGUGGUGCUGGAUCCUCAGGAUAUCGUUUUGUUCACAACAUUACCUCGGAUCUGCAGCUGGCAGCAGAGUAUGCUGCAAAAGCAGCAUCAGAACAGCAGGCAGAUGCAUCUGGCGGGGACAGCCCAAAGGAUGAGUCCAAGCCACCCUAUUCUUACGCUCAGCUAAUUGUGCAAGCUAUAUCUUCAGCACAGGACAGGCAAUUAACACUAAGUGGGAUCUAUGCCCACAUUACCAAGCAUUAUCCAUAUUACAGGACUGCUGACAAAGGCUGGCAGAAUUCCAUUCGGCACAACCUCUCCUUGAACCGUUACUUUAUUAAAGUCCCACGCUCCCAGGAGGAGCCUGGAAAAGGCUCCUUUUGGCGAAUUGACCCUGCCUCCGAAGCCAAACUAGUAGAGCAAGCAUUUAGAAAACGAAGGCAAAGAGGAGUGUCCUGCUUCCGAACGCCUUUUGGGCCUCUCUCCUCCAGGAGUGCUCCUGCCUCCCCUACUCAUCCUGGCCUGCUGUCCCCUCACUCUAGUGGCCUACAGACUCCAGAGUGCCUGUCACGGGAGGGCUCACCCAUUCCACAUGACCAUGACUUUGGGUCUAAGUUAGCCUCAGUUCCAGAGUAUCGGUAUUCACAGAGUGCACCUGGAUCUCCAGUCAGUGCCCAGCCAGUUAUUAUGGCUGUUCCUCCCCGACCAUCUACUCUGGUGGCAAAGCCAGUCGCGUACAUGCCAGCGUCAAUAGUGACUUCUCAACAGCCCUCAUGUCACGCAAUUCACGUCGUGCAGCAAGCUCCCACUGUUACAAUGGUCCGAGUUGUGACCUCCUCUGCAAACUCUGCAAAUGGAUACAUCCUCACGAAUCAGGGCACCGCAGGAGGAGCUCAUGAAGCUGCAGGAGCAGUGUUGGACUUAGCCAGUGACCACCGAGGCGUGGAUGAAAAGCCAACGAUUGCAUUUGCCACGAUACCUACAGCCAGCCGUGUUAUUCAGACAGUUGCCAGUCAGAUGGCACAGGGUGUUCCAGGACAGACAGUCGCAAUCCUUCAGCAGGCAGCUCCAGUGACCAUUGGACAGCAUCAGCUCCCUGUGCGGGCAGUCACUCAGAAUGGGAAACAUGCCGUCCCCACCAACAGCAUCACUGGCAGUGCUUAUGCUCUCACAAAUCCAUUGCAGCUUCUUGCAGCCCAGGCCAGCUCGUCCACUCCUGUUGUAGUCAGCAGAGUAUGUGAGACAGGGACCGAAGAGACAGCAGCAGCCUCCUCCAGUGAACCUGAAGUUAAAAGACCCCGGAUAGAAGAAUCCAGUGGAACAGUCCCAGCCCAAACUGGAGUCAUCACAUCUGCAGUGCCACAAGGACAGGCAACUAGUGAAUGAAGAAAUGGUGGGAGGAGCUGGAGCGACACAGGGUGGGCAUGGGAUGGCAGGAGCCCUAAAGCAGCUUCUUUGAAAAAACAAACCACAACUGUAACAGCUCAAAACAUAGUGGAUAAAGAGCUCUUUCAAGUCAGAUUUUUAUUCAAUGGGAGGACAACAGCUGUUAGAAUCACAAGGUGCCAAAAAGAAUGGAAAACCUCUCCCAAGAACCCAUAUCUGGAACUCUGUUCUGUCUUUAACUAUGGGAUAUUUUUUCCUCCUUUUUUUGUUGUUUUGUUUUUAAAGAUUCAAAAAAGCUAAAAAAAAAAAAAAAAUACAGACAACUGAUUGUAUGACUGCUGGGAUAUUUUUAACUGUCUUUUCCCCUUUUGGCUCCAAGGGGAUGGGAUUUGCAGUUCAGCAUCUAAAGGAAUGUAACACAAAUACAGUCUGCUCCCUGGAAA